AUUUACCUCUUAUUAGACUAUAAAAUGAUCACUAUUUUAUAUUCUUAUUACAUAAAAUGAAAGGUAGAAAUAUAGAACUAAAUAAUUAUUAGUUACACAUUCAAAUUUAAGUAGGUAGUUUAGAGAGUAGACAUUUUAUUAUAACCUUCUUUAAUUAACCUCAAGCGAUACCGGCUUCAGCUUCAAGAUUAGUGUUUCUUCAAUAUUAUAUAUUAAUAGUAGUACUGAUAUUAAUAAAAAAAUGAGCAAUACAAAUUAUUCCCUAUCUGAAGGUGAUAUAAUCUCAGAAGAAAAAUCAUCAAGCAGCAAACAGAACAUUUGCGGUUUAUGUAACACAAAUGUUAGUAAGUAUUGCUGUCCUCGUUGCGAAGUAUACUAUUGUUCAUUAGACUGCUACAAAUCAGAGAAGCACAAUGAAUGCUCAGAAAGCUUUUAUAAAGACUGUGUACAUGAAGAACUUGGCUUUUACCAAAAUGAUGACGAAUCAAAGCAAAAAAUGAUUGAUAUAUUAAAAAGAAUGCAAAAUCAAGAUGUGGACAUAGAUAUACCUGAGGAACUAUUAGAAGAUGGUUACAGUGACAUAGACUCUGAUGAUGACGAACAUAUAGAUUUACAUGAUAGAAUAAAGGAUCUCAACCUUGAUGAUCCAGAUGCAGUAUGGAGUGCACUGACUGAGGAUGAGAGAAAUGACUUUGAAUCAUUAUUGAAUCAGGGUGAUGUGGGUUCUAUAAUACCUCAAUGGAAACCAUGGUGGGUGUACAGGAAAGAAGAAAAGCUUGUAGAGGAUAUGAACAAUCAUGAAAAGGAGGAAAUAUUCAAAGAUUGCCCACAUUUGAAGACAGUACCUCCGCUUUCAUCACUGACUAGGACAGAACCAUCACCAUCUAUAAAAUUUAAUAUCACAAAUAUUAUAGCAUCAUACACAUUAUUAAUGAGAUAUUUCAAUGGUGAAAUUGAUGCAGUUGAGGGCACAGUAUAUUUAUUAAACAUUUGUUCUAACUUGGACACUAAUAUGAACUUUGAAGAUCUAGCCACGGCUGUAGAGUCGGUCACACAGAAAUCACUUCAGAGUAAUCUUAUCGAAACGGACAAGAAUAGUAUAGAAGUAAUGAAACAUGACACAUUUCUAGUAUUACAAGGACCCAGUAAAGAAAAGAAAUUACACUAUUGUAAAGCAGUUCUUUCACAUAUACACAGCUUACUUACCAAAGCAAAGGAUGCUGAAAAAAAUUCAAAUGACAGUAGUAAAAGCAAAAGUGAAUUCUCCAGGAAGUUUCCAGAACACAAAAGGCACCAUUUACCCAAUCUAGAUAUAAGUAAAGUAAAGAGAUGUCUAAAAAAAUUAGAAUAUUAUUUAUCUUAUAUUGAAAGCUUUGAUGUGGAGUUUUAAUUUAUAGAGUCAAAUUUCUUCAUCCAGUUGUUACAAAUUUGUUUGUUUGUAUAGCUAAAUUACUAGGGCAGAAUGACAUCUAAAGGGAUAAGUUCAAUUGACAGAGUGCCUUGUCUUGCAUACUCUUUUAUUUUUUUUCUUCUAAUUGACACACUAAACAAUUUACAACCUAAUAGUAUCAUACUAUUUCAAAAUAACAUAUUCCAAUUGUAAGAAUAAUUCUUGACAAUUUUGACUAUCGCCAAAAUAAAAAUUUUAGACGUCAGAACAGUUACUUUUUUUUAACCCUACUAUUGUAUAAAUAGCAUAAACAAAUAAAACUUCGCAUAAAACCUUUACCAAAUAUUAUAUUUCCAUCAACAACAAGAACUUUAAUCACAGGAAUGUCAAAAAUAACAUUUAUAAUAUUUUUUCUACAUACAUUAUGAAACAUUAAAUUAUGACAAUAAUCAACAAUACUGUCCUACACGAACCACAAUACAUUCUCCAUAUUUUAAAUGUAAAUAAAAGUGCAACAAAUACAAAAGCCAAUAGUUCUUUUCAAUGUUCAUAUUUACGCUUAAUAUAUGUACUUGUACCUUUAAUUUCAUAACGAAUAAAGCAAUAAAUGUCAUUAUUUAAUAUGAUUAUAUAUGACUGAAAAUAUAUUUUUCAACUCUAAAAUAUUAUUGUAAUUUACACUUUAUUUUUGUGACAAAGUGAGGUAUAGUAAUACACAAGAUCAAAUGUAGGAAAACAACAUUUUUUAAAAAUGUUGGUUUCAUAUUUGGGAUAUCGUAAGGAAGGACACCACGACACAGUACAAAGUGAUCGAAUUUUUGCUUACAUAUUAUCAUUUGAAAGUCUAAUUUACUACAUUUCAAUGUUCAACUACUUCUAGCAAAUAUUGACAAAUAUUAUCAAUGUUUGUUCUUCUAUACAUACACAGAGAGUACAGUCACAUGCAAUUAUAUGUAACAGUAAAAGUACUUUGUCACAGCUAUAUUACUGACAAAUUUCGAACAUUUUUACAUACUACCAAUAAUAUAAUACUGCGACAUGGUACAAAAGCGUUGCAUAUUCGCGACUGUAAGUCCAUAUAAAAUAAUGACUGUUAUAAUAAAUAUUGCUUUCAUUUAAAGUUUCAAACUUGCAAUAAAUAUAUAAAUAUGUAAUUAAGUAUACUUACAGGGUUGCUACAGCGCUGUCUAAAGAAAAUUAUGUUAAAAAAUUAUACUAGUAAAUUGUACUCAACAUUUUUUUCCAAUAUAAUUAUAGAAAGAGGAAAAUAUAUGUGAAUACAUUUAUUCUUAUUAAAAAGAAUAAGUGAAUCUUUCUGUUGAAUUAAAUUUACUAUGAUCAAAAGUUAAUAUAUUUUUCUUCUAGACCCGCUCUUCUAUACCUAAAUAAACCAAAAAUAUUCUACACCAAAAAAAAAUGUGAAUUUGUCUUUUUUUAUUACGAUAUAUACAGAUUUAGAUUAGUAAUACUCGUGAUAUAUAAUAGAAUAUUUUAGGACUAAAAUUAAUUAACAGACGAUGCCUGCUGCCCCAUCUAAAAUGCCUGUAAAUAUUCAAUUCCAUCUACCGCUUAUAAAGACGUAUGAAUACGCAUUAAAAAUUAUGAAUCUUAAACAGUUUACUUUGUAUAUUUAUUUCUCACGUUAAAUUUACUCAUAUUAUUUAGUCAUUAAAUUAUCGCAUACAUAUCAUAGAAUUUUAGGGAAAGAAAACUUAUGUCCAUAUAAAACAGUCAUCUAAAAAAAAAUUGACUAACUGAGUACAGUAUAAAUUCUAGCGGCAUGAAACAAAGUUUCCUUGAUAUAGCAGGCAUCCACAUGCGUACCGUCAGCUGAGCUACACCUAUACUUAUUUACCGAUAGCGUAAAAAAGUACAUUCUAACUCUAAUGAAGACAAUAUUUGUAUUCCAAUACUUCCGAUAUAUAUUCUCUAUUCUUAAUGAAAUAUUUAAUGAAGUCAGUAUAACAAGUUAGCCUCACGAGUACAAAAACGUAUUAUAAAUAUGUUCCAUUAUUGUUCAGAGGUUUAUAAAUAAUUUACACAUUACAUUAGAAUAAACAGAUUCAUCACAAAUUUCUAAGUACAAGGGCUACUUGAAUAAAGAUUUAUAUUACAUUUUAAAACAAUUAACAUCUAUCGAAUAUAAACACGUUUCAUACAAUUGAAUGUUCAAUGGGCUUGCGUAGACGAGGUCAGUUCUUAGUCCGGUCACACGUCAUUCGGUUCAACGACAAUUAUUCUAUGCAACUCCGUUUUGAUUGGAGCAUGUCCAAUGAGGGCGGGGCGUAGCUACGGAUGCGCCAAUCGUAACGGAGUCGCAUAGCUAAUUGUUAAAUUGAACAGACUAAUGUGUGCCUAUGGUUCGGGAUUUAGCAAAUUUUGACCGACCGGCAUCUUACUGCUUUCUGAUCGAUUGUAAUUUUUUUCCGCAGCUAAGGAAAUGUUUGCAACUACACGCACUACGGAAAAAUAGCAUUCCAUUACUAUACAUAAAUAAGUAUGCUGACAAAAUAAUAGUACCUUAGAACUAACGUGUCGUUCAGUUAUGCCAACUAAUAAGUACCCGGAUUUCAUCUGCGCAUGCCAUUAAUAAUACUAAAUAACAAAGUCUCACAGUUGGUCAUUUAUCUAAUUGUUUCUUGAUACGUAUAGAAUCAAGUGAAAAACUACGCAUAAUACAAAUUGUACUAGAUGUCAUUUUGUAUAGUAAAGUUA